AUGGCUAAUGGAAAAGGAAAGCGCAAACGAAGUAAAGAGGUAAAGAAGGAGCCAAAUAAAAAAGUAAAUGAAAAGGAUGGCGAAGAGCCAGUUGCCAAGCGCACACGGCUCAAAAGUGGCGCCCCCAUGCGCCAAACAGUGCCGGUGCAGUACCCUCUGGAGUGGGCCGCGGGACAUUCUGGUGUUGACAAACACAGUCGUAAAUCGAAAAAUAACCCAGAAAAACAUCAGAUGGAUGUGAGUGAAGAUGAGGAUCUGUACAAACCAAGCACAUCGAGAGCAGCGUUAGCUAGUGUUCGUCUGAGUAAAACGUCGGGCAGAAAGGAACUAAAGAGCAGCGAAAUCCAGUUGAUCAGGGUCAAAAAUAGUUCUGACAAAACCACAAAAUCAAGCGGCUCGAAAAAAACAAGAUCUAAGCGUGGGACCGUGCAGCGUAGAUACACAGGGAGACGACGUCACGUGCGCAGAAGAAGGUACCGGAAAAUAGGUCGACGUCGGAGGCCGAGAAGAAGAAACAGAAAAAACAACCGGCGUUCUAGAAGAGUUAAAGUUCCAACGCGACGCAAGAAACCAGGUCCCCGCAAAGUGCACAGAAAGAUGCGGGUGUCAGAGGUCAGGAAGCCUGCAUUCAAGCAAUGUCCGCCGCUGGGUCACGAGGAAGACGAGAUACUCAGCAGGCAUAAGAAAAAAAUCGAUAGAAAUCUGGAUCAAGGGCAUGACGUGGUCAGGGAAGACCCUCUGAACGUGAGAAACCUUUGCCGUUAUCUCGUAAAAAGCAUUCAAGGUGUUCCAGCUGAUGCGAGGACUUCCAAAGACAGCAAAGAUAAAGACAAGAACCAAGAAGAAUAUUCCAAAGAAGAGACUGAGAAAAAGCAACAGCCUACCAAAAAGAGACAACGAAAGCCGCAAACUAAGCCCAGGAAAAAACGCAAAAACCAGGGGACACAGCACAAGAAGCGCUCGCAUGUCCACAAAAAACGAUUGCACAGAUCGAGCCCCAGGAAUCUGCACAGACUCGUGGACAAGCGCGACAAGAGAGGAGCCGUGUUCAAAAGGAAGAAGCAAAGUCACCGGAUCGUGUCUAGAGAUCAGAACAGAAAGUCUUGCAGAGACAGGCAGAGAGCAAACAGGCUUGCAGAAGUGACGCGUCGAAGGAAGGCUGCUGGGAAAACGCAAUCAACAAAACAUCACAACUAA